CAGCAUUUCCGGUGCACGUCGCAACUGAAAAGGAAAAGAUACAUUUUAAAUGGUGAAUCGAUAAAGACAAUCAAAUUUUAUCUGAUUAAACUGGAGAGUAGAAGAUGUCUGACGCCUACAAUGGUAACAUUUUGCCAGGAAGAGCAAUAUACAGGUCAUCUGACUUGAGUUUAUAUUUUGGUUUGUUGAUUGUGUCAAAAUUUCUGAGAUCUGUUGGUUUGUUUAUUGCCUAUGAUCUGCUAAAACUUGUUCCAGUUGUACAGUUUCUGUUCUUUGUUAAAUUAGGUACUGCAGUUCCAUUACUCUUCCUUCAGAAGCCAUUUGGAUCAGGUAGACGAUUAAAUGCAGCACAGUGGUUUCGAGUUGGAAGGCAUGCACUAUUUGGAAGUAUUUUAGGAUUAUUGUGGUUAUUUGGUUUAACAUUGUGUGGGCCAUUAAGAACAGUUCUUCUAUAUGAACAUAGUGAUGUGGUUGUUAUUGCUGGAGCUACUGCUCUGUUUAUUAGCAAUAGUGGUGGACCAGCUAAGCUGAGAGGAGCAGUAUUUUUCAUUAUUGCUGUAAUAGCAUUGUUAUUGUUUGAUCAUGAUGAAAAGUUGGAUCUUAUGUCUGAUCAUGAGGCUAAUGAAGAUAUUCACAGAACAGUUAUAUCACAUGUAUUUUAUCAUCUAGUUAAUCUAGUUGGCUGGUCAGAUCACAAGGGUGGUGUAGUUCUGAUGUUUAUAACAUUAUGUCUACAAGUUGGAUUUAACACAGCCUCGAAAAAGCUCUCGGUAGAAAUAGGUGGUGCUAAAAGACUUCAUUCAUUGUCUACAUUAGUAUCAUCAGCUUUAUUAUUACCAUGGGCUGGCUUUAUAUAUCUGACCAGGGAGACUGAUAUUCAAUCAACGACAUAUUUAAUAUUUCCUUUUGUGUUAGUCAUACUGUUUGUAUUUAUAUUAGACUAUUAUAUAGACGCUGUCUCUAUUAAUCAUUUAAAUCAAUCAAAGACUGCCUUAUAUGGUUCCAUCAUUAUGUUUAUCAGUGCCGUAUUUCUGAGUACUACUUGGAACCAUCCAUACGUAGCUCACAUCACAACUAUGCAUAAAUUAAAAGAGAUUAUAACAGAAGAUCAUGUAUUAUCAGGAGGUGUGGUGUUUAGUGUCAUUGUUUUUAUGUUUGCUACAAGAUUAUUGGUAUCACAGAGUAAAUCAACACGAGGUAGUUUUAUAGGUUAUUCACCAGCUGGUGUUCCAUUAUAUACAUUUGCUGGUGAUGCUUUACAUCGAACAUCACAGUCUGUUUUAAUAGUCAUGAAGAAUGGUCUACGUCAAAUAUUAGAAGAAUCAGAUUCUAGAAGAAUAUUCUAUUUUCUAUGCAUUAAUUUGGGUUUUACAUUUGUUGAACUGACAUAUGGUGUGUGGACCAAUAGUUUAGGAUUAAUAUCAGAUGGUUUUCAUAUGUUAUUUGACUGUUCAGCUCUCGUAAUGGGAUUAUAUGCUUCUAUAAUGGUUAGAUGGAAGCCUACAAGAAUUUUCUCUUUUGGCUAUGAUAGAGUAGAAGUGUUAUCAGGUUUUAUCAAUGGUUUAUUUCUAGUAGUUAUAGCUAUAUUUGUUUUCUCGGAAGCUGUUGGAAGAUUAUUUGAACCGCCAGAAAUAUCUACAGAAAGAUUAUUAAUAGUAUCUGUUAUAGGAUUACUGGUUAAUUUAAUAGGCAUAUUCGCCUUUAGUGGUAGUCAUGGCCAUAGUCAUGGUGGACAUGGCCAUAGUCAUGGUGCUAAGCCUGCCAGGGAUCAGUGCAGCUCACAUGGUGGUCAUGGACAUUCACAUGGUGGACAAAAUCAUGGUCAUAGUCAUGGAGGUCAUAGUCAUGGUGGUCAUGGACAUAGUCAUGGUGGUCAUGGACAUAGUCAUGGUGGUCAUAUUGAAGAACCAGUACAUCACAAUACAAAUAUGGAAGGUGUAUUUUUACACGUGUUAGCUGAUACACUAGGCAGUGUUGGUGUAAUUAUAUCAACUUUAUUAAUAGAAAACUUUGGUUGGAAUAUAGCCGAUCCACUGUGUUCCCUAUUUAUAGCUACUAUGAUAUUAUUAAGUGUUGCACCUUUACUAAAAGCCACAUCUGUGAUAUUGUUAUUGCGAACACCAAAUCAUUUAGAAACAGAUUUAUCUCUAGCUUUAGAAAAGAUAAUUCAUAUAGAAGGGGUUAUAGGAUAUAGAGAUCCUCAUUUCUGGAGUCAUACAUCAACUAAAGUAAUGGGUAUGUUACAUAUACAAGUAACACCAGAUACUCCAGAACAAAAAAUUGUAACCCAGGUUACGUCUAUAUUAAAAGAACUAGGAAUACAGAAUAUUAUGGUGCAAAUAGAGAAAGAAUUAUAUUAUUAUCAUUUAUCCGGACUCAAUUCUUCAUUCGAUCAAAUGUUAGAUUAUACUCAAAACUUCCAGAAAUUACAAUAUGUUGAACCAAGCAAUAGAAUUAAAGCAAUUUAAAUCAGUGGUAUGAUUAAUACAAGUAUAUUUAAAACAAUAAACCAUAGAUUAUAAUUAAUCUCAGUACCUUCAACUACAACACCUACUCUUGUCAAGAACAUCUGUUACCACUUCUGCCAUAAUUUUGUUAUACUUUAAUAUACGUUCAAAGGAUAAUUAAACCCGCAACAAUAUGUUGUAAUUCUUGCAGAUUAUGCUAAUAUAGAGAAUAACUAAUUAAACUAUUCAUGAGCAGCCACAUGAUGCCAAAUUUUUUGUGAUUAAUAUUUAUUUUAAAAUAUGUCAAAGUGUUUUUGUGCAUGUAAUUAUUUAAUAAUCGUGUGGACCUUUUAUAUGUGUUUAAAUUUUAAACUAGAACAAACAAAAUCAUGUUCCCGGUUUUAAUUUUUUCUUUUCAAUCCAAGAUAAGCCAUGAAAAAAAUAUUCUGGUUCUCAUACUCCCGCUCCUGCAUCACUUAAAAAGGGUCGCAUGAACGUUUUUUAUAUUUUAAAAAAUAAAAACCAUCUCAUUAAUUGCUGCACUUUCAUAUUUCCCCAAGUUAAGGAACUAAUUUACAUGAAACUGGAAUUGUUCUGUAUUCCCAGUUAUCACGUACCCUGAUAAAUGUUAUACACAAUCAGAAAUAAUACUGGAUAAUCAUACAUUACUAUAAACAACAUGAUGUAAUAAAUAUAGAAGCUGGAAGUAGGAUGUUAAUUAGCUACAUGAUCCUUUGGUUUUGACAAAAUAAAAACCUCCCUCAGAUUUUUGGAAGGAUUGUCUGAGAGCCAGAAUAUUUAUUUUUUAUAUGAUUAAAAUUUUUGCUUUGUUUUUUUAAAUUUUUCCUCUUUAGUCCAUGUAGAGAAAUGUGUAUUGAUUCUAAUGUAAGCAAUGAUAUCGUUUUGAUAACGUUUAGGAGAAAAAUAUUGACAUACUGUUAUUUUGUUAACAGGCCUAAAGAAAUUGAUAACAGUUUGUAUUUUUCAACUAAAUAUUGUUGUAUAGGUAAGGGAGGUAAUUUAUUUGAUCGAUAAAAAGACUAUUUUCCUGGUAGAUUGAAUUAUGUUUUGAAAUCAACCAUAAUUUGUCUUUAGAUGUAGAUCAUUUAAUUGAAUAUUUUUUAUCGUUUAUAUAUGAUGGUUUAAGGGAACACAUUAAUACAGACAGAUGUCUGCUAAUACAUUUAAAGAAGCAUAUAUUUCUGACUAGCUUUAAACAUUGUUCACUAGGCAAUAAUUACUCCCUACAUAUAUUGGUAAAGGUGUGUUAUGGAGACUGUAUUUAUGACUUUGUAUGUAUUCUAUUUUGGUGAUGUGCUCAAAUAUUUUAGUUUCCUUGAUUUUACCCUGUGAACACUGUUUAAAAUCUAAUGUACUUAAUCAAAUACCAUGAUAGAUUUGUUUAAAUUUAUUUUAGUAAAAUAAUUAGUGUUUAUUUGCAGUGCUAGAAUUGUGUGUUAACAUUAGAAUUUAUAGUAAAUACUUGUAUGUCAUCAUUAUAAUUUUAGUAAAUACUUGUAUGUUAUCAUUAUAAUUUAUAGUAAAUACUUGUAUAUUCAUAGAUUUAUAUUCAUGAUUUAUAUUGAUAAAUAUUAUCAUUUAUAUAAGUCUGUGAUAAUAUUUAUAAGGUUUGUUUUAUAUUAUGAAUUUAGUGAUUAAUAAUAUGAAUUUGUGUUUAAAAUCUGGUAUUUUCCAAUUCCUGGAUGUGACUUGGUGUGAAAAUCAGAUCUAGAUGCUAACUGAAAAAUAUAUAGAUAAUUAAUGAAUCUCGAAUAGUUUAAUUCUAAAAUAUUAAUAAAAAUAAUGAUGAUUAAUAAAUUCAUAAUAAAAUUAUAUAACAUUAUAUUAUAAAUUAUAAUUAGCCCUCCCAGAUAUAUUUCAGUGAACCACAGGAGUUAAUGAUGCUUAGAAACUCAAUUCCUAGUCCUGUACAAAUAUCUGAAGCUCUGUAUUACUUUUUCACAGAAAUAGAAACCUCCAGUUCACAUAAAUGUUUAGCCUUUCCGAAGUGCCUGGAUAGCAAUGUCUAAAUACUUGGAUAGGUUAUUUUGGUAAAUGAUCAUGGCCAUUAUCAAGCCAUUCAUACAACUGAGCCAUAAUUAGUUAUGUAAUCCUGUAUUGUGUAUUGUAUACUGUACAUAAUUAGGAAACUGAUGUCUAAUAGUUUGCAUUUAACUAAUAAUCCUAGUCUAGAGAACCAAUUAUAGGAGUAUAAUAGUUGUUAUAAGAUCAUUGCAUUACAAUAGUUGUUAUAAGAUCACUGUAUAUAAUAUGAUUACAAUGGUUAUAAGGUUAUAAGAUCAUUGUAUAUGAUAUAAUUACAAUAGUUAUAAGAUCAUUGUAUAUUGUAUGAUUACAAUAGUAUAAGACCAUUGUAUAUUUUAUGAUACAAUAUAGUUGUAAUAAGAUCAUUGUAUAUUAUCAUAGAUCAUGUUCCUUUAUCAU